AUGGCAGCCGAGGGCAGCGGCACAGCCCGGCUCAAAAGCGCUCUGGAGGAAAUCGAUGAAAACGACGACGAUUUCGUGUUCACCAUUCGCAAGCCGGGGUCUGGGAACAACGGGACGGGCGACGACGACGACGGGGAGGAUUUCGUAUUCAACAUCCCCAAGAAGAUCGUUCAGGCAGUUGCUGCGCCGAUCAUCUUCACCAGCCCGCAUCCCAGGCAGACGCCUGGGUUCGGCCAGGGCCCGACUGGAGCUAGUGGGAACAGCGGGAGCAGCAACCGGGUUCCCUCGGGACAACAGUCUGGACGAAAGAGCCCUGCCAUGUCUGGUGCUAAGGUUUCCCCUGAUGACGCAGCCGCAGCGGGAGGGGGAGAGGGAGGGGGAGGCGAGGGAAACCCGGCCCAGAGCGGACUGAUAGCCCGAGCCAGAGCUGCUUGGUCUGUACAGGUGGGGCGUUCGGGAGGGAAGGACGGUGGGGGGACGUGGGAAGGGGAGAAGAUCCGGGGACAGGUGGGGAAUUUGGCCCCGUCUGGGCUGACUUGGGAGGAGGAGAUUGCGUCUCAGCUGGCGUCAGUAGGGGUGCUGGUGGGGCCGGCUAAGGCCCAGGCCAUGGCUGCUGCUGCCGCUGCUGUGAAAGAAGGGAAGGGCGGCGGAGGGGAUGGGUCUUGCGGCGGGUCCGGGUUUGGCAUGCAGGGGUCGCGGCUCAUAGACCGUGUGUACGUGGGCAUGCCGGCACAGGCGGCAGGCAGGUUGUUCACCCGCAACAUGUCCAUGCCCAAUGGGGGAAGGCCAGCUGGCGGUGCGGUCGGAGCUGGGAUUGGCGGGGGGCUUGGAAGGCUGGCUCGGGGGCUAAAAAAGACGUUUAACCUGCAGAGCAGUCAUGAUAAACUGAUUGGGUGA